AUGAAUGGUACACCACUCGAAAUUCCUGGCUUUUACUAUGAUUCAACACGUAAUAGAUACUUUCGUAUCGCUUCACAAGGAAUAUCUACUCCAUCUGCUAACGCGUAUACAAGGGAACGGUUAAACCAAAAUUAUUCUCUAAAAAGGAACAGUUCCGAAGAUGAUGAAAAGCAAAGUAUAAGCAAGAAGCAUCAUCGUAAAUUAUUACCCGGUAUUAAUAAGUACUUAUUCAACCGGCAGUUAUCUGGGACCCAUGGAAAUUUUAUGAGUGCAGGAUUGUUAGGUCAACGAGGUCGAAAAAUCAAAUUUUCCCCGUCUUUACAGGGUAUCAGUCUACAAAAAAUCCAUUGGGUUCCAGGAUUAGACAAAUAUUUAUUUUCGUCUAAUCGAGGUGAUUUAUUUAUUUCAUCUCUCUAUUCAGCGAAUGAUUCAAAUUUGUAUGAUUCAUCUGUGUCAUCGAAUAAUCAAAUGAUGGCACAGGAAGUGAAUGUUGCUCGUCUUGGUUUAUCACCGUCUCCUAUAACAUCUAUUUCUUCGAACUUCGAUACAAGUUUAUUUUGGACCACUCUUGGCUCACAGUCAACUGAAAGCAAAGCUCAUAUGUGCAAUUUUAAUGUUUCCCAAAAUUCUCCCGAGAAUUAUACUCAAGUAUCCUUAAGAUCGAUGAAAACACCUCAUUGCUCUGAGUUUAUCAAAGGAACGGGGUUCGCAAUAGGUGGUUCAAAUAGAAUCGCUGUCUUGAAUGAAGAAGGUGUUUUCCGAAGAAAUUUCCAUUCCAAAGGUGAUGUUUUUACUUUAAAAGCAAUCGAUCAAAAUACUUUGGCAGCUGGAUGCAGAAACAAAUCAGUUUUAAUGUAUGAUCUGAGAGGUCCUAGCAAAACCAUAUGUCAAUUUUCUCAUGAUACGAGCGUAUGUUCGACAUCCCUUGUUGAUUCUGCUGAACCAAAAUUACUAGUAAGUGGUUUGGUUUCGUCAAUCGCUUUAUAUGAUCUACGGUUUGUAAGACAUGACUCAAAGGUAAAUCACUUGAUGUCCUAUAAGGGGCAUUCUAAUUUGGUGGAACGUAACUUGGCAUUAAUGUGUAAUGAAAAAGGAACCAUUUUUGGAGCGGCCGGUGAUGAUUCACACAUUAGAUUCUGGAGAAUUGAUUCCUCCGAGGUUAUAGCAGACUUUAAGCCAGAUGUUGGAGGAAAUCAUGUAUUAUAUCGGGAUGGAACUUGGCUGAAAUCAAACGACACGGAGGGCUGGCUUCUACCUAUAGACGACUGUGUACAUUUUUAUGAAUCAUGA